GGAUUCUUAUCCACGGAACACAAUCAAGGACACCAGGCACAGAGAACCAAACUAUUACAUCAAAUCUAAUCCCUAAAAUGGAAGAAGCCAAAAGCCAAAGUUUGGAGGAAGACUUUGAAAGACAGGCCACACAUACAGGACCCAAAGGAGUAAUAAAUGAUUGGAGAAAGUUUAAAUUAGAGAGUGAAGAUAAUGAUUCAGUCCCAUCUAGCAAGAAGGAGAUUCUCAGACAAAUGUCUUCCCCUCAGAGUAGAGAUGACAAAGACUCAAAAGAAAGAUUCAGCAGAAAGAUGAGCAUUCAAGAAUACGAAUUAAUCCACCAAGACAAAGAAGAUGAAAAUUGCCUUCGUAAAUACCGUCGACAGUGUAUGCAGGAUAUGCACCAGAGGCUGAGUUUUGGGCCUCGGUAUGGGUUUGUGUAUGAGCUGAAAACUGGGGAGCAAUUCCUGGAAACCAUUGAAAAGGAGCAGAAAAUCACCACAAUCAUUGUUCACAUUUAUGAAGAUGGCAUUAAGGGCUGCAAUGCUCUAAACAGUAGCUUAACAUGCCUUGCAGCCGAAUACCCUAUGGUCAAGUUUUGCAAAAUAAAAGCUUGUAAUACAGGUGCUGGGGACCGCUUUUCCUCAGAUGUACUCCCCACACUGCUCAUCUAUAAAGGUGGGGAACUCAUAAGCAAUUUUAUUAGUGUUGCUGAACAGUUUGCUGAAGAAUUUUUUGCUGGGGAUGUGGAGUCUUUCCUAAAUGAAUAUGGGUUACUGCCUGAAAGAUACACGCCAUAGAGCAGACCGACAUGUAGGAAGACAUUGAACAAAGAUUCACUAUGUCAAUAUCUCAUAUUUCUCCUUUAUACUUUACACACUAAUUUGGUAGUAUCCAUAUUCCUUUAGGAAAUAGCAAGUAUGGACAUAGCCAUUUCUAGUUGGGGGGGAAAAAAAAAAGGUUGAUCCUAAAGUUAUAUGAUUAGCAUUUCUUAGUAUUAGUUACUCAAAUUGAUAUAAUGCUUUACUACAAAACAUAGUAAUUUUCAGCAACAUGUUUGUAGACAAAGAGGAUAUGAAUAAUAUAAUGACAGUUUUCAAAAAUCCCUUUCAAUUUAUGUGCUUGGCUUUUUUAUUUCUUGUUAUUUUCUGCAGUGUUAUUAUUUGGGCUUUUCAAAAUACAUUAUCAAUUAUAAUUUUGCCUAUGUAAUAAGAAUAAAGUCUCAUGAGGAAAUAAAUUUUCUAUUUGAAGUC